AUGGAUUCUAAAAAAGCAAUAAUCCUCAUCCUAAGCCUUCUGGCUAUGAUUCUUCUUUUGUCCUUAGAGGUGUCAGCUAGAAUCUUCACUGAGACUUCCACUAAUACCAAAAUGGAAAAUGUUGACAAGAUAAAUGGAAUAAAUAAAGUCAGUUAUGUUAAUAGAGGCUACAGAGGUUAUCCGUAUAAUGGUGGUGGUUAUUAUGGUGGCUAUCCAGGUAUUGAUGGUAGAUACUAUGAUAAUGGUGGUAAUCGCGGUGGUUAUUCGAGAUACCUUGGUAAUGGUGGUGGCUACCCUGGUAUUGCUGGUGGCGUUGUUCCAGGUAAUGGUGUUGGAUACAAUGGCGGUGGUGUUGUUCCGGGUAUUGGUGGUGGUCUUCCAAGAGUUGUUGGUGGUGGUAUUCCGGGAGUUGUUGGUGGUGGUGUUCCUCGUAUGGUUGGUGGAUACAGUGUUGUUCCGGGUGGUGUUAUGGGUAAUAUUCGUAGUUAUAUUGGUGGUUAUAUAAAUGGUCGCAUGAGUAAUGGUGGUCAAGCUGGUGGGAAAACUGAUGACAACACUCGUAACUAG